UGUCAUCAUCUUUGCUUUUGUCUCUCAGCAUCAAGCCAAGAAUCCCACCCACAGCAUACCGUUUAUUUUUCACAAAAAACACCGAAAAUGUCGGGUUCCUCUAAUCUUGUGGCCAUGAAGAAAGUCGUACAGCAGCUCCGUUUCGAAGCGAGCAUAAACAGAGUGAAGGUCUCCCAGGCAGCUGCAGACCUUCAACAGUUUUGCAUGCAGAACGCCCUGCAGGACCCUCUGCUCACCGGUGUGUCCUCCAGCACCAACCCUUUCAGGCCACAGAAGGUCUGCUCCUUCUUGUGAAACCACUGCAUUCAUGGCCUUCAUUUUGAUGCUACAGGGAAAAGUUGACCUCAACACUGCUCCUCAUGCCAAGCCAUUAUACUGCCACGGGAUCUCUCUCUCUCUCUCUCUCUCUCUCUCUCGAGUGUAGAACACAUUGGAAUCAUGUCAGGAAGAUGACCAUCUAUUUUCAGCCACAGUAGAAGAAAGGAGACAGUUUUAUUUUUCAUGGCACAGUGUGAUUUUUCAGUAAAUAAUUGUGCCUUUUCUAUUGUUCUAUUUUAGUCAUCACUGUUCUGGACUUUUUUGUAUUUAAUGAAUAAAAAAACAUUCUUUACUACUCCA